CAGCACUAAAGCAUACAACAUAAACAACAUAAUAUCGUUUGUUUCACUGUUUCCGUCGAAUGGCGCAGAAGAAACCGACGUUUCGCUUUCGUCUUCCAUGGCUGCAGUUUGGAUCAGCUUCCCGUCCGACUCCCCGGCCGGUGUCUCAGCCGGCCAGAACCGCCGCGAGUACUCCCUUUCUCAGUGCAAUCUCCGAAAGUAAACCUGCUGCAAGUGCUGCGUCACGAGGACCGUCUUCAACUUCCCAAACUCAGCCGUCGCCUGAACCCUCGGCGCCGUCUCGUGCAACUGAGCUUCCGGUUACAUCGCAACCAGCAUCGCCGUCUUCUCCGACGGAACUCAUUGUUACAUCGCCGUUUCGUGGAAUUGAACUCCCUAUUUCAUCUCGAUCAACAUCGCCCGUUCGUGACACUCAACCUGCAUCACCACCCCGUGCAAGUGUAACAGAACCUCGCGUUACAUUUCAGCCAACAUCACCAUCCCGUGUAACUAAAUCUUAUGUUGCAUCUCAACCAUCAUCUCCAUCUCAACCAACUGAGCCUAGCGCGAUUGAGCCACGUGUUGCAUCUCAACCAGCAUCACCACCUCGUGCAACUGAACCCCAAGUUACAGCUCAACCAGCAUCACCACCUCGUGCAACUGAACCCCAAGUUACAGCUCAACCAGCAUCACCACCUCGUGCAACUGAAUCCCAAGUUACAGCUCAACCAGCAUCACCACCUCGUGCAACUGAACCCCAAGUUACAGCUCAACCAGCAUCACCACCUCGUGCAACUGAACCCCAAGUUACAGCUCAACCAGCAUCACCACCUCGUGCAACUAAACCCCAAGUUACAGCUCAACCAGAAUCACCACCUCAUGCAACUGAACCCCAAGUUACAGCUCAACCAGCAUCACCACCUCAUGCAACUGAACCCCAAGUUACAUCUCAACCAGCAUCACCACCUCGUGCAACUGAAUCCCAUGUUACAUCUCGACCAACAUCACCACCUCAUGCAACUGAAUCCCAAGUUACAUCUCAACCAGCAUCACCACCUCGUGCAACUGAACCCCAGGUUACAUCUCAACCAGCAUUGCCACCUCGUGCAACUGAAUCCCAUGUUACAUCUCGACCAGCAUCACCACCUCAUGCAAUUGAACCCCGUGUUAUAUCUCAACCAACAUCGCCAUCUCGUGCAACUAAACCUCGUAUUAUAUCUCAGUCAGCAUCACCACCUCUUGCAACUGAACCUCGUAUUACAUCUCAGCCAGCAUCACCACCUCAUGCAACUGAACCUCGUGUUACAUCUCAACCAAAAUCACCACAUGUUACCUCCCAACCAACAUCACAAUAUUCCAGUCCAUCUCGUCCUGCCACUCCCUCACCUCCUAUUGCUACUUCCUCUCCCACAACUAGCAAUGCUUCCCAGCCCCAAUCCCCUUCAAGUUUGGCAUCUCCUACUGCAGGGCAGACAUCCUCAACCUCUACGACAGAGACAACAUCUAAGAUGCAACAAAUAGCAGAGGUAAGUACCCAGCCAACAUCCCCAUCAAAGAUAGCAGAAGAGACAUUAAAGCCAUCUCCCAAACCAACUGAAACCCCUGAUCCAUCCAAGCCCUUCAGAGAGUUGAAGUCUCUGGAAACCAAGGAAGAGAUGCAGAAGACAAGACACAGAGAUCAUUCUAAAGCAAAGCAGAUAGAUAAACAAAUGCUAUCUGCAAAAGCACAGCCAACUAAAGGGCAGACAGACAAGCUCAAGCCUUCUGCAAAAACGUCUCAGCCAAGGAACAAAAGAGUGAUGAGUGAUAGCCAUUUUAAACCCGAAACUCCCCAUGAACACCAUCUUCCUUUGCAGAAACAGAUCAAAGAUAGCAUCUUGAAUCUAGUUAACAAGAAGACAGCUGCUGGAGGUUCAAAGUGUCGCGUGGAUGGAAGGCCAGUGAAUAUGAUAACCCUUGCAGGUGGAAACACUGGGGCAUCAAUGCAACGCGGCUCUGAUCCAAGCAAAAACGAAGGGUCUCUCCACAUUCGUCGAGGCUACAGAACAAACACUGAAGGAAGUUCUGAGGCAACAACUGAUUCUGCAGAAAGUUCCCGGGGAAGAAAAUCAAAGGACACAAACACUGUGGAUGACCAAUCUAUGCAGGUGUAUGCAAACAGCAAUGUGCAGUGCAUCAACAACUCAGUUCUGUCAGACAGUUCGACAGUGGAAAGAAGCCCCGGUGUACAUCUCCAAAUCCCACACUUUCCAAACGACCAGUGAUCCAUGGAUAGAAAGAACUUGCUAUGUAUAAUAAGAGUGCAUGAUAGAUGCUGAGAAGUGGAAAUGUAUCCCUUUGUGAAUAAAAGGAGAGAGAGUUACUUUUUUUUAAACUGGAAAUAUUAUACAGAUUGAAAGAAGUUGAAAGUCUGAAGAGUA